CUCAAGUAGGAGAGGACAAUAGCAGCAUUACAGUGGUAUAUAUGGAUUUGUACAUUUUCUGCUCAUCCAUUCUCACAAUCUCCGAGUGCCUUCACCGCCUUUGGCUUACCAGUAACCCCGCCAUCUGCCGUCCGAUAAGGGUACUGUACAUGUAUGGACAUAUAUAUUCCCCUUUCUAAGCAUCCAAGGACUCAAUCUCAACCCUUCUUGUCUCUAGUCCUUGAGCAAUCUGUCCAGGAUAACUAGAAAUAUAUCUUAUCGAGACCACAGAAAGACGACACGAUGUCCAACACCACCAUUCCCACGGCAAGCGGGGGGAAGAGAAUCGUUUUCACAGGCGGUAGUGGCAAAGCUGGCCGCCAUGCCAUCCCCUAUCUGCUUGCGCAGGGCCACAAGGUCCUCAACCUCGACCUGGUCCCCUUCCCGGACUCAACAGUUGACGUCUACACCCUGAAAACAGACCUCACCGACUCGGGACAGGUCUUCAACGCGCUGACCUCGCACUUCAACAUGUCGGGCUAUAUGUCAGGACCCUUGCCCAGCGCCCCAGACGUCGUUAUCCAUUUCGCCGCUUAUGCACGCAACAUGCUCGUGCCAGACUCGGAAUGCUUCCAAGCCAACGUGCGCAGCACCUACAACGUAAUCGAAGCCGCCUGCAAGCUCGGUGUUAAAAAGAUCAUCAUCGCCUCUUCAGAGACCGUGUACGGCGUCUGCUUCGCCCAAGGCGACACCGAUUACCGCUCAUUCCCCCUGACCGAAGACUACGACUGCGAUCCCGAAGACACCUACGCGCUCUCCAAACUCUGCGGCGAGCAAACAGCGCGCGCCUUCGCGCGCCGCUUCAAAAUAGACAUCUACGCCUUCCGCAUCGGCAACGUAAUCGAGCCGCACGAGUACGCGCGCGAUUUCCCCGCCUACCUAGCCGCGCCCGAGACGCGCAAGCGCAACGCCUGGAGCUAUAGCGAUGCGCGGGACCUGGGGCAGAUGUGCGACCUAGCCAUCAAGAAGAGCGGCCUGGGAUUCCAGAUCUUCAACGCGACCAACGAUACUAUCACGGUGCGCGGGACGACGACGAGGGAGUUCUUGGAAAAGCACUGUCCCCAGACGAGUAUCGUAAGGGAGAUGGGCGAGUUUGAGGCGCCCUUGAGUAAUCGGAAGAUGAGGGACGUGUUGGGGUUUAGGGACCUGCAUGAUUGGAGGAAGUAUGUGAGUUAGUUAGUUGGGGGGGGGAGCUUAGAUCGCUCGUUAUAAUCUUCAUCGAGUUUCGAAAUAUUCGUAAUGCUCUCAUCUCGUGACUCGGUAGAUUAGAUAGGGGGGAGGAUUCGGAAAGGGGAAUAACACCAUAACGAGGCUUAAGUAACGUAGAAAUCAUAUAUUCAAAAUAAUGCAUCUAAACAAACAUCUACAUAAACAAUUCUACACAAAACACACACAUACGCAGACACAAAAACAUACACAUACGCAGAAGAAAGAAAGCUUACACCAACAAU